AUGGAGGCGGAUGUAGAGACGGAGGUUGCGGCGGCCGGUGUGCCCAAGAAGAGAACAUUCAAGAAGUUUAGCUUCCGAGGUGUCGAUUUGGAUGCUCUCCUUGAUAUGUCCACUGAUGAGCUUGUCAAGCUCUUCCCUGCUCGAGCUCGCAGAAGGUUCCAGAGGGGUUUGAAGAGAAAGCCCAUGGCUCUAAUUAAGAAGCUUCGCAAGGCGGUCAAGUGUGUAGAAGUUUUCAAAGGGUUCUAUGAAACAAAAACAAAACACAGAAAGCUUACAUGGAUAUACUCACAGCGGAAAAACCAACUACACUUUGCGGUCCAAGAACAAUUUGUAGGAGGCACAUAAUGACUAGCUCCUACCUCUACGAAUGCUUGUGGGAGGCAUUGCAGCAGCGAAUAAGGAUGAUAACAUGUAGUUGACACCUUAUGUGCUAUGAAUCCGAAUUCAGGUGUGAUUUUUAGAUAUUUUAUGUGCAAAAAAGUAUUAGAGUGUCUUAUGUUUGUAUGUUUGUUAAGCAGAUUAUAGAUAGAACCUGCAGUAGGAUCAACUAAUUAGUUGAUCAAAAGCUACACCCUAUUUUGUAAUCGUCUACUUGCAUAUUUGCAUAUACUUAAUAAUUAUCUCGUGUCAACUAAUUAUUCUAAUUUUUUAUUUAA